GUGCUUUUUCAUCACCCAUCCAUCAACCAGGGUCAAGCAAGCCUGCCACCCUGCAGCCUGUCAGGCAGCCUGGGCUGCGAUGGUCGCCCUCCCGCCCAGGCGCGCUGAGGGCAGGCUGGGGGCAGGCUGAGGGUUUGGUGAGCUGAUCACGCGGAGUUCAUCACGAGAGCCGACAAAAAAUUCAUCACCGCUCCCGUCUCCCUGCCAACAGCACAAGGACAGGACCGCCGCGGCAGCUGGUGCGAGACUUAGCAAUCGCUCUCCACCAAGGACGCACCUCCGACCCGUGUUCCAUCUCCCCUCUUUCGGUUGGCCGACCUGGGUUCGCUGUCUCGGCAAGCCCAGACCCCGUCGAGCUAGAGCUUCCCAUUCGCCUCCCGCCCGCAUGGGUACAUAGCUGCUGUCGUCAUCGACCCGGACCGCCUGCGUCUGGCCCAGUCGCCAUGGCUGCGCGGUCUUUCGCCAACACCCGAGGCCAACCGCCGUCCACCCCUACCAAGCAGAACGUCGAUGCCGUCCGAGCCAAGAUUAACGGCGUCUUCCAGUCACUCAACACCGGCAUUGGCCUUCGCCUGAUCGCUCCCGACCCCGCCGCUACCCCGUCCUCUCGAAAACAACACGCAGACCAGAGCGGGGACCGUUGUAAUCAAAUAUGGUCCGAAUUCCAAUACCAGUACCACCAAGGAGAUAUCGACUUCGUCCUGCGCGAAUUCCAUAUAAGGGCCAAGAAGACAUUAUCUGGGUGGGUGCCGAAGCCGCGAGCCGAUUCACGCACCCUUCCGGCCGCCACUACCAAUCCACAUCGCGCGCGAGAUGACUGCCAGGUCGAGGCGCUUCAGGAGCUCCUCCGAGACGUUCUGGUUGAGCACCGGAAACAGAUGCCGCAGCGUCCGGCAAGGCUAUUCAAUAAGGCUGCUAGCGAUGGCGUAGUGCUUGAGAGAAGCAGCGGAGCGAGGCGCGCCCCCGGUCUUUCCACCUCCCGCAAACAUGGGGCCAAGCGGAUGUCUGACGAUGAGACCCUAUCCGACGAGAGUAUCAAGAGGCCCAAGAGUAGCGGAAGCGAAGGUGGUGUGAGAUUGACAUUGGAGAAGGCCAACAGCGACCUCGACAGUGUCAUGGUCCGAGAGAGCUUCACAACGAAGUCAAUGUCGUUUUCUGGCCCCUCUAGCACCCAGGAUCCGCGCUCGCAGCCAGAAUAUCCUACCCCUUCUGCCACCGCCAGGAAACCAUCACCCCCCACGAUGCAAGUCUCUACUUCUUCCUACUGCGACCGCUCGGCCAAUACGAGUAGCACGUCGCUAGCCUCCGCCUUCACCAAUGUCUCAGCGGUGUUCUCGGCCGAUGAGGACGACAACGAGCCAUUCGACACCCAGACAACUGUCGAGGCCUCCAGCCAAGAGCGAAAGCGGAUAAAUUCAAGGUUGUCGAAGAGCGCCCGUAUGGCACCCCGAGCCGAGGUCAGAGCCCCAAGUUCGGGUAGCCGGUUUUCAGACGCAGAGCCGUCUCUGGAUGAACUGCAGGCCAUGUGGGACGCCGAGCAGGCAGUCGUAUCAAGGCCAACGCGCAUUCCCGCCAUCAGCACAAAGCCCCAACACUCGCCCUCGUCAAGUUCUAGUCGCAGCGCGGAGGCUAGCCCGACGUACUCCUCAUCGUGGUCUGGAUCGCUCGUGGAUGUAUUGGCCGAGCAAGCGCGCAUGAUAUCAGAGCCUGUACCGAGCCCUGUACGAUCACACAAUACGCUGCAAGAUAGAUUGGAUUUGGUCUGGCCAAAAUUCCCCCCUUGGCUUCGAGCCGCACCCUUGGCGGUCGCCUGGGAGGUCUGCCGCGUCGCGCUUCACUGUGGAGUUGAUCUGUGCGAGGUCAACGGCAUGUUCUAUGACAACAGCUGGAAGGAGCAGAAGACGCUCCGGUCUGUACUGUAUCAACGCCCGGAAUUCCGAACCCGUGCUUUUCCGGAACAGCCCUCCUCCGAUGCCUGGGCUGCCGCGCUGGGCUCGUUCAACAGUCGAGGCCAGAACGUUAUACUUUCAGCCACCUUGGAUUUCAACAUGGCUCCUGGUCCGCUAUUUAAACUUAGGAUGUCUCCCCUGAAGCUUGACGACUCUCACCGUCUGAGCAGGCGCUUCGGAUCAGACCGUUUCCUCGAGGUCCUGUACCCAUCACCCAACUCGACCAACGUCCCACCCGCGCUUCGAGGUAAAGACGCGCGUACGGCUGCGAACAAGUGGCUUGCGCGGGGGGUUCAUCAGCUUGCUGGCAGAGAGUGGGCAGCCUUUUACACCAAGGAUGCCGGGUAUAAAAAACCUGCAACCCACCUGAGCCUUGGACGAGACUCGGCCAAAGCAGUGUUCAAAGACAGGACUUACUUGUUCGCUAUUGAUGGACAUGACUUCCAGACCCCAUCUCCAAUGAACAGCUUGCCACCCAAAGAUCAGAAGGUUGUCGCGAGAACUCGCCUCUCUGUGUUUCGGAUGCUAGACUGGCUCCUCCAACUGCAGAAGAACAAGGGUCAACCAUACUUGAAGCUGUUCUCCCGCAUCGCUCUUGGACUGAGUCCAACGUAUCCCACGGUCACAUUUGAGCCCCAUCAGAUUCGCGCACAGGCAAAGGACCUCCUUUCGCCCCAAGGAAACGUCAUGAACGAUGGUGUCGGGUUGAUGUCUCGCUCCGUUGCUCAAAAGAUACAAAAGACCCUUGGCCUUGUCACUGUUCCCUGCGCAGUUCAAGGGCGUCUUGGUAGUGCCAAAGGGAUGUGGAUCAUUGAUGUCGAAGACCUCAGUGGUGAGGACUGGAUCGAGACGUACCCUUCCCAGCGCAAAUGGGAAUGCGACAUCGGUGAUCCCGACCAGCGUACACUUGAAGUACGCAGCCACGCAUCAGAGCUCCGUUCUGCCCGCCUGAACCUCCAAUUCCUCCCAGUGCUAGAAGACAGAAGUCGAGACAAGGAUGCGUUCCGGACCGCCGUUGGCGAUUUGCUCGGGGAAAAUCUACAGACCGAGCUCGGGGGCCUUCGGGCUGCUUUAAACAGGCCGAUACAGCAUCGGCAGUGGGUACACGAGAAUUCUUCUAACCGCGACACACGCGUUCGUCAUGGCCAAGUUCCGUUUCUGGGUGGCAGUCCCGACAAAGACGAGGAGUUGAUGAACAUGAUGCUAGAUCACGGCUUCGAUCCGAAAAAGCAAAAAUACCUGCAAGACCUUGCCUGGGUGCUUCAGAAGAAGAAGUGCGAGACUCUGAAGGAGAAGCUCAACAUCACCGUCGGGAAAUCCGCCUAUGCAUACAUGGUGGUGGACUUUGGGGGUCACUUGGAACCCGACGAGGUGCACAUGUGCUUUUCCAGCAAGUUCCAGGUCGACGACUUUGCCGAUACCCUGCUUGACGGCAUUGAGCUGCUGGUCGCGCGCUCUCCCGCCCACUACAUAAGCGACAUUCAAAAGGUCAAGGCCGUCUUCAAGCCAGCUCUCAAGGAUUUGAAAGAUGUCAUCGUCUUUCCCCGCAAGGGGCGGGUGGCACUUGCCGACAAGCUUUCUGGGGGCGACUAUGACGGAGAUAAGGCCUGGGUAUGCUGGGACCAAGCCAUCGUAAAGAACUUCGUCAACUCUCCCGUUCCUCGAGCGCCCGACCUUUUCGAGAGGGGGUACCUAAGCAAGAUCAAGGACAAAAUGGAUGACCUCGUCAAGGAACAUGGCUUGGAGACGGCCACUUCGGAGUUGAUCGAGCGUAGCUUCUUGUUCAACAUGCGGCAGAACCACCUCGGUAUCUGCACGAACUUCAAGGAGAGGCUGUGCUACAAGCGACGCAACGUGUACGACGACUGCGCUGUUCUCCUCAGCACGCUUUUGAGCAACCUUGUCGAUCAAUCCAAGCAGGGGAUCGAGUUUUCGGCAAAACAGUGGCGAAAACUGAGGAACGACCUUAAUGAGCCCAAUGAGCUGGAUUUGCCUCUAUACAAGGAAGGAAACUGGCCGCAUCGUCAUAAAAAGCCCGAACAUAUAAUUGACUACCUCAAGUUCUCAGUUGCCAAGCCACUGAUCGACAAAGAGCUGGGAAUAUUCCAAAAGGCAAUCAGCGGUGCAAAGAUGGCGCCGGGCGUCAGUGGCCCCUUUGUAUCACCGUCUAAGGGCGGAAGCGGGCAGAUGGCCGAUAAUGUCAGCAGCGAGGCGUAUCACUUCGACAGCGACCUCACAGAGCUCUACAACGAGUUCAGCAAAAUGGAGUCUCAGCCUAUCAAGGCGCUACUAACCAGCCUACAGACAGACAUCUGCAACGUCGAGAAGAAGUGGAAGCAGACGAUGUCGAUGCGCGAGGUCGGUACUGGUGAGGGUGUCAGUAAAACCGGCGCAGAUUCCGACUAUCGGCGCAAGGUGCUGGAAGUUUAUGACGAGUGGGUCGCAAUUCAGCCUGACAAGACGGCUCACAGGGCGCUGGCCGACUCCAAGGUCGUUAGCAUGCUGGAGCAGCAUUUUUGGCACCCCGAAGACAGUCAAUGGGCCCUUUUGCGAGCGUCAAUGGCCUUCAAGUUGUUCUAUCGCACUGGCUACAAGUUUGUCUGGCGCAUGGCCGGAAGACAGCUCAUGCGUCUCAAAUCUCUGGCGGUGGCCAAAACCGGGGGGCCAGCAAUGGCUGUGGUUCCGGGCAUGUACGCGGCGCUCCGGCCUGAUGGCAAGCUCAUCAAGCAACUGGUCGCGAGGGAUGAAGGUAGCGGAUCCCACUACACGGGCGCGGGUGGAGAGGAUGGGUCGGAUGAUGAGGACGAGGACUGGAAGGAAUGAUUGCCUAUUUCCGAAGCGGCUGACAGGUUGGCUAGCGAGUUCUCGUAUGCUCUUGGAUUGCGCUUGGAGCGUGUUUUCUUUAAUACCCUUUGCUGUUCGUUUGUUUGGUUAUUUUUCUCCUUUUUUUCUCCCUUUUUCUCGUCACUUUUCUCCUUAACAUGUUCUCCCCCUUCCUCCCUACCUAUUCCGUACCUCUCCGUCCAGCCAUAAUGUCCCCUUUCUCAUAGUUUCCCUCCUCCUAUCGUCUUUGGACUCUCUUCACAUUGUCAUUCUUUCCCCACCAAUCAUUCUUUUACUUUGUGCCACAGGCGUCUCUCCUUAUCUUGUCCCCAUAUUUUCCUUUCCCCUCCCUGCUCUGGGAGAAACUCGGCGUGGUGCCGGCUUGGCAAGCCGGCAUUGGUUGGCUGUGGUGAUGUUGUCAAUGGGGAAAUUGGACCUUGUCCAAUCUGAAUUCCCGCUGAACUUAAGCAUAUCAAAAGGUUCUUGGCCUAAAGUGUAGGUCUUGGACUUCGUAUCCUCUCGCCAAACAGGCAGGUCUCCUGCCUGGCAGACUUGAGGGCGAGCAUCGAGACGGAAAUGGAGUUGGAGAACAGAAACGUCACAGAAGACGAGAGUGGGCGGAACAAAAGCGAUAGCGUGGUUGGUGACUCGCUGUCGUGGUCCUGCACUACUAGAGAGGAAGACUAAUAAGGAAAGGGGCAGAAAAUGUAUCUGAGACCUAGAGACACAGGACAGGAGAUGCCCGUUUACCCGCGGCCUUGCCAGUCGGCACAAUCGUAGUAACCCUGGCAGCACAGCUAUUGCAGCCCUCCUCCCAGCCAUGUGUAUUGAACCAGCAGGAUAACCGAGGGAGCCCGCACGAGACGGUCUCCCAGGG